AUGGCCCUUCCUGGCUCAGUGCCUCCAGGGCUGUUAUCUACGGGAGCAGAGACCUUACGGGAUGCGGCCAGGCCGGGUGCGCUGCCAGUCCACGCACAAGGCGGUCUCCGCGAGAACCGAGUGCGGGAGAGUGAAGGGGACAAGGUCAUGCUGGAUAAUGAAAAGAAAACCGAGAAGGAGGAAUGGAAGCUAAAGCAGGAAAUUUCUGAAGAAACAGGAUCAGGACACCCAGUACAAAUACCCCAUGGAUCUAAAUUCUUAGGACCCAGGGAAAGUGAGAACAGCUUGGAGAGGCAACAGGUAAACUCAGCAGAGGCUGGACUGCUACACUCUUCUUUUGAGGAAAAGGGGUUCAGCCAAGUGAGCAUUACCCUUAAGAAAGGAAAGCUUGACAUUGAUAAGAAACUGAGAAUUUGUGAUCUGACCCCAACUGUUACACAUCAGAGAGUUUCAACAGAGGAAAGAACCUAUAGGUGCAAGGCAUGUGGCCAGAGCUUCAAACAGAAGUCAGGACUUACUCAGCAUCAGAAAAUCCAUACCGUAAAGAGAAGCUGUUAGUGCAAUGAAUGCGGAAAGGUCUUCACCAGGAGCUCUAACUUGGUUAUACGUCAGAGAAUUCACACGGGAAGGAAGCCUUAUGUUGGUGGUGACUAAGGCAAAGAUUUUAUGAGCUCCAAUCUCAUGUGACAUCCACGAAUUCAUACCAAGGAGAAUCCCUAUGAAUGUAAUCAGUGUGGAAGAGCUUUCAGGGAAAGCUCAAAUCUUAUCCUGCACCAGAGAAUUCAUAGUGGAGGGAAGCCAUAUGUAUGUAAUGAAUGUGGGAAGGCCUUCAAUCAAAGCUCAGAUCUUAUUAUCCAUCACAGCAUUCACAGUGGAGAGAAACCCUAUGAAUGUAAUGACUGUGGGAAAGCAUUCAGUCAGAGCUCCCAUCUUGUUAACCACCAGAGAAUUCAUACUGGGGAGAAACCCUAUGAAUGCAGCGAAUGUGGAAAAGCCCUCCGGCAGAGUUCCCUUCUUAUUCAGCAUCAAAGAAUCCAUAGUGGAGAGAAACCCUACAAAUGCCCUGAAUGUGGAAAAGCCUUCUGUGGGUGCACAGUUUCUCUUAAACAUCAGAGACUUCAUAUUGGAGAAAAACUUGAAUAUGAGAAAGCUUUCAGUUCAGAUUCAGAACUUAAUGGACAGGAGAGAAUUCACAAGGAAAAGAAAUCUUAUGAAUAUAAUGAAUGUGGAAAAACCUUCCUAGGCAGCUCAGAUCUUAUUAGAUAUCAAACAAUUCACACUGGAGAAAAACCUUUUGAAUGCAGUGAAUGUGGAAAGACCUUCGGCAGGAACUCAGUCCUUAUAGAACAUCAGAGAAUCCAUACUGGUGAGAGGCCUUAUAAAUGCAGUGAAUGUGGGAAAGCGUUUAGGGGGAGCUCUCAACUUAUUCAGCAUCAAAGAAUUCACAGUGGAAAGAAACCCUAUGAAUGCAAUGAAUGUUGCAAGACUUUUAAUCAGAGCUCAGACCUUAUUCGACAUCACAGGAUUCAUAGUGGAGAAAAGCCCUAUGAAUGUAAUAAAUGUGGAAAAGCCUUCAGAUGGAGCUCAGACCUUGUUAGGCAUCAGAAAAUUCACACCGGAGAGAAAGUUCAUGAAUGUAAUGAGUAUGGAGAAACUUUCAGUCAGAGCUCAGGUCUUAGCAUCAGAGACACCACACAGAAUCCUAGGAAGACAGACUGCGAUUCCCAGAGCCCUCCGCGACCGGAGAGGUCGCGGCCGCGGGUGCGCAGGCGCACACCUGCCCCCGCGGGUGGGCUGGAACCGCGCUACGCAGAAGUGGUCAGAUGGGAGCUCCGGGACCUGCGAGAUUUUCCUGACGCUGGACACCUUACCCGAGACCACGUCUUGCCCAUAGCAGCCGCAUCUCAGGACCCUACUACAGAUCCUGGGCGUUUGAAUAAGAUUGCCUCAUAG